CUCCCGCCUCCCUUCCUUGUUUCCUCCCUCUCCCUGGCUGGUUCCUGCUCCAGCGCCUUCACCUUUGCCCUCUAUCCUCCCUCCCCUCUGCAGAUGAGUAAUGCCUCGGAGCUCCCAGGCACAGCUGCUGCCUCCCUGCUGUCGGUGACCUGGCCACAACCCAGCAUCCCUCCAGUCACACCCACUGUGCCUGCUGGGCCUCAGAUGGACCGUGUGGAGAAUGGCUCCCAGGGGGCUCCUAAGCUCUUCCUUACCACCUCACUGGCACGUGGUAUCUCGGGCAUCUUCGUGUGGGCUGCGGUGGUGUUCACCUGCCACCAGAUCUACCUGCACCUGCGCUCCUACACCGUCCCCAACGAGCAGCGCUACAUCAUCCGUCUGCUCUUCAUCGUCCCCAUCUAUGCCUUCGACUCCUGGCUCAGCCUCCUCUUCCUAGGGAGCCAACAGUAUUACGUCUACUUCGACUCCGUGCGGGACUGCUACGAAGCUUUCGUCAUCUACAGCUUUCUGAGCCUCUGCUUCCAGUACCUGGGCGGUGAGAGCGCCAUCAUGGCCGAGAUUCGAGGGAAGCCCAUCAAGUCUAGCUGCUUCUAUGGCACCUGCUGCCUGCAGGGCAUGUCCUACUCCAUUGGCUUCCUGCGCUUCUGCAAGCAGGCCACCCUGCAGUUCUGCAUCGUGAAGCCCGCCAUGGCUGCCCUCACCAUCAUCUUGCAGGCUUUCGGCAGAUACCAUGAUGGGGACUUCAACAUCCGCAGUGGCUACCUGUACAUCACACUGGUCUACAACGUGUCCGUUAGCCUGGCCCUCUACGCACUCUGCCUCUUCUACUUCGCCACCCGCGAGCUGCUGCGGCCCUUCGAGCCCAUCCUCAAGUUCCUCACCAUCAAGGCUGUCAUCUUCCUCUCCUUCUGGCAGGGGAUGCUGCUGGCCAUCCUGGAAAAAUGCGAGGUCAUCCCCGAGGUACAGGCCAUCGAUGGGAGCCGGGUGAGUGCAGGCACUGUAGCCGCUGGCUACCAGAACUUCACCAUCUGCAUCGAGAUGCUGUUCGCCUCUAUCGCUCUGCGCUACGCCUUCACCUGCCAGGUGUACUCAGAGAAGGAGAACUCCCCAGUGUCCCCAGCUCCCAUGAUAAGCAUCUCCAGCGGCCUCAAGGAGACCAUAAGCCCCCAAGACAUCGUGCAGGAUGCUAUCCACAACUUCUCGCCCGCCUACCAGCAGUACACGCAGCAGGCCACGCAAGAGGCCUCAGGGCCCAGCCCCCAAGCUGACCCAGCCAGCUGGGGCAGGAGGAGCCGAAGUGUGGAGAAGAGGAUGCUGAUCCCCGCCGAGGACCUGUAGGGGGCCCCUGGGAGGAGGGACCGCCCCCCGCCACCCUCUUGCCGAAAGCCCACUCCUGAGCCUACCUCCAGCCAGGGACCCUCGGGGUCAGACGUCUGCCCGGAGGGACCAUAGUCCCGGAGAGGCGUGGGAGCAAAUCCAUCAACCAGGGGAGCACUGGGCUCCCUGGCUGUCAGCACCAGGUGACCACUGUGGGGCCGAGAGCCGGCCUGGCCCCUUGUCCCUCGCACAGCAACCACUGCAGCCCCUGGGGCUGCACAGGAGCUGAGAGUUGGUUGCUUACUGCAGUGUGAGUGGAGCAGAUUCCAGGCAGGGCAGCUACACAGGACAGGGGAGAUCCCAGAGGUGCGGACUGCCCUGGGGAGUUGGACCCUGGCCCCACUGUGACUGCUGAGGGCCGGGCAAAGGGUGCCUCACUGCACCACAUGCCCCAGAGCCCUGGUAGCCCCCCACCUGCAGAGGGGUGGUCAAUGAGGGUCUGGGAAGGGGCCCAUCUUUGUAGCCAGGGCAGCACUUCCAGGGAGCAGUGCUUAUUCAGGUAUAAAUGGCCUGGCUUCUAACAGCAUGUGUGGCUUGUCUCUGCAGGCUCCUGGCCUGAGUGAUGGGCUUCUGUGGGGUGGUCAAGAGAGGCCUGGUGCUCUGGGUCUUUGUGGCUUGGGGGAGGGAGUGUCCCAUUCCCCUCUGGGGAGCAGGGGGUUGACAGCCAGUCAGUCAGCUGUGCACUCCUCUGAGCAGGCCAAACGGCAUGGACUAUGAGAUUGGAGCACCCAGCAUGGCACUGCCUUGAGGCCUUUGGCAGCUGGCAUCUACUAAGCUGUGCGCCAAGGAUAGUCCCAGGAAUCUCCCACACUCAACCUUGAUAAGCCUCACCUAGUCCUGGGAAGGAGGCCGGGCCUGAGGUCACAGAGCCCAGUGCAGGGCUAGGCUGGCCUUGGGUAAGGUGGCCACCCCCCACAGCAUGCUCCUCCAUGGACGUCUCACGGACAGAUGGCCCUUCCUCCCUUCUGAUUUCUGUCCAACAGAGCGAAGCCAUGAGGGUAAGCGCCAUGCCCCAUGAGGGUGGGUGACAGCUGAGGACGGGCUCUUACCUGGCCACCCUGCCCUGACCAUGCCUGGAGAGGGGUGCACACACGGGGGACAGAAGUGGCCCCAGGGUAGGUAGGACCCUGCUUCUGCCAACUUGUCUGACUCAGGUUGGCCUCAGUGUUCUCAUCGGAAAAAUGGCCCAGUGGAUGGACAGUACCCCGUGUUUCCCACAAGAGGGUGGGCACACAAGGGAGCCCGAGCCCAGGGGUUCCAGUGGACUCCUGUCUGGACCUUACUCCUUGAAAAACAGAGGCCCACCACACAGAGGCUAGGGGAUGGGGGCCAGGGUGUCUCCAUCUGCGACUGUCGGGACACGGACUCACAGCCUGGGGGGGGGGUCCCUCACAGGUGUACCC